AUGGCAUCGGACCUCUGCCCCGGCGCCUCGGAGGCCAGGCCGGUGGGCGCGGAAGGCGAGCGCCACGCGAACGCCCUGUGCUUGGCCCUGUCCGCAUUCGCGCAGGUGCUCUGCCGCACGCCGCCGGGCGCCGCGCCGGCGGCCCGGGGGCGCCUGGCGGCCCGCGGGAGGCUCGUGCUGGCGGCGCUCGCGGAGGCGCUGGGGCGCACCGGCGCCGAGCUCGCCACGCCUCAGGCCCACAUCUUCGCCACCGCGCUGCGCGCACUCUACGUCGGGCCUGGCGCGUCUGCCAGCUCGCCUUCGGCUGCGGCGGUGCAGGUCCUGCAGGGGAUCGCGAGCCGCGCGGCGGCGGCGCCGGCGGGCGACCGCGACGCGAGCCUCUGCCUCGGGAUGCUGCAGGAGCUGGCCGCCGACCCGGCCUGCCCGGAGGGCCUCCGGCGCGUCGUCCCCGCGGCGGCGGCGGCGGCCCGCGGCCGGGGCGGCGAGGCGGAGGCGCCCAGGGGCCGCCUGAGGGCGGCGAUGGCCGCGGCGGGCGACAGCGCCGGAGGAGCUGCGGCGGCCGCGCCGCAGCAGGGGCGCCCGGGGGCCGUCCGGGGCUUCCUGCAGUCGCUCUUCGGCGGCGGGCGGUAG